CCCCGUCGACAAUUAACCACCAGCACCAACCACAACACCGCCGUCAUGCCUCACUCGUACGGUCUGCGCGCCGGCACUCGGUAUGCCUUCAGCCGUGGCUUCAAGGAGCACGGUAUGAUCCGCCUCUCCACCUACAUGAAGACCUACCGUGUUGGUGAUAUUGUCGACCUCAAGGUCAACGGUGCCGUCCAGAAGGGUAUGCCCCACAAGGUCUACCACGGUAAGACCGGUGUCGUCUACAACGUCACCAAGUCCGCCGUCGGUGUCAUCCUCUACAAGAAGGUUGACAACCGCUACCUCGAGAAGCGUAUCAGCGUCCGCAUUGAGCACGUCCAGCACUCCCGCUCCCGUGAGGACUUCAUCAAGCGUGUCAAGGAGAACGCCAUCAAGAAGCGCGAGGCCAAGGAGAAGGGUGUCCACGUUCACCUGAAGCGCCAGGCCGUUGGUCCCCGUGAGGCCCACUUCGUCAAGCAGGCUGGCAACAAGCCCGAGACCGUCGUCCCCAUCGCCUACGAUACCCACAUUUAAAGGGCUCGCUAUGGAAUUGGAACGGUGUGUGCGGUUGUUAGGUGUUUACUGGGUUUUCACUCCAUUUUGCCUAGACUGAAAUGGACUUUGAUACAUGAGACGAAGCGCAAAGGGUUUCGGAUGCCCUGGCACAUCUCUCGCCUGUGCAUAGAUUCCCCUGAAUGAAACAAAAUCAAAAAAUUUCCGAGU